GUUUCAAUGUAACUCUAUAACGCUUACGGUGGGGCAUCCAUUAAAGAUACGGCCAAAAUUGUAACGUGACAGUUCGUUUGUCGUUGUUUUUCAAAACUUGAAUUAAUGUUUUACGUCUAGAUUUGGCGAGUAUGGUAUGAAUAGUAGUCGUAUUUGUUUAUUUUUUUUACAUCACGGACUGUUAGCUGUGUUCCUGGCGCUUAGUUUGCGGUCAGCACGGUUGUAACCUUGGCGUGCAUGGCUGUAGGUUUUUCUAACUAAAGACGAGCUGGUGGCCGUUAUCGGUUAAGCUUACCGAAAAACAAAACAUGUCCGGUAUCAGUCGCGGGGUGAGCUCUUUUUCAGCGAAGAUCUUGGCAGAAGCUUCGCUUUUACCACCUUGCCCGUGGUUUGUGUCUGCACGCAGCAAAUUUACCAAAACAAAAGUCCCACAAGAGUUUUUUGCUGAGAGAUCAAAAGAACAUGAGAAAUAUGGGGGAGAUCCAAACCAACCACAUAAACUGCAUAUUGUGACACGAGUCAAAAGUGUGGUAGGAAGGCCGCACUGGGAGAAGGAGAUGGUGAAACAUCUUGGCCUUCACAAGGCACAUGCACCUGUGAUCCACAAAAAUACACCUGCAGUCAACAGCCAACUGAAAUUUGUUAAGCAUCUUGUAAGGAUCCAGCCAUUGAGGACUCCCUACGGACUCCCGGCUGAACAGGACAUGGCGGACACCUACAUUAACAGCAAGGGAGAACUGGUUGUUCACCGCCUCCUCCAACCUGCAGACCCCAAGCCUGUCGAAUCUUAGCUCCAUCCACCAGUUAGUUACUGGCUCAGUUGUUCAUCAGUGUCAUGGAAAAUUCUGUGCUCCAUGGUGUCCUGCUUCCACUACACUGUGAAAGCUGUCUGUGCUCCAGGUUUGAAUGGAUUCUGGGUUUUAUUCAGUUAUCCAGUCCAGUUGGUUUAUUUUCCCGUCAAUAAACAGUCAUUUAAAUACCAACUUGUCAGUCAUACAUGCUACUACUACAAUUCAGCAAUAGAUGAUGGUCCAGAUUCUUAAUUGAAUGUAACUUAUUAAAACUCAGUAUUCACUCA